UUUCGUCCUUGAUCUUCUCACGUGAAGUGUACAUUCGAAGUUUGCAUUUUACAAUGGGAGAUUUCAAUCUACUGAAACCAUAUAUUCUCUUUGAGCAGUUGUUUGAACAAAAAAUCCGGAUAGAAGACAGAAACUGUCUUGAUUUCGCUGACAUAGAUGUGACUGCUAAUGUUCUAUCGUGUUGUCAUGGUUCAGCAGUGGUAAAGUUGGGUAAAACUCAUGUGAUCGCGGGUUUAAAGGUGAAAGUUGUUCCUGAAAGUGGAAACUCGGGAAGCAUCACUUGCAAUGUUGAGUACGCUGGCCUCUGUAAUAGAGGUUCACGCCUAAACGCUUCUCAACCUAAAUACGCACAGUGCCUUUCUUCAUCUGUUCAGAGACUAGUGGGCGAUGUCGCACUGCCAUCUGUUAAAAAGCAGUUAAAUAUAUUCCCAAUCGGUAGUGACGAGAAUAACUCAGUACCUUCGGCUUCCUAUGCGUUGAAGCUUGAUAUUUUAAUCCUACAUGAUGAUGGAUGCUUACUGGAUGCUUGCGUACCUGCUGCACUUGUUACCCUUUUGACGGCAAAAUGGACGAAAUUAUAUGCAGUAACUGACAAACGAGCUACAGGAUCUUAUUUAGACUGCUACAAACCAGGACCACUAAAGGAGGAAAAAUCUUUGGAAGUAAAGCAAUGGCCUGUUUCGUUGUCUUUCUGUUUCAUCCCGCAUCCGGUUGUUGAAAAUAAGCAUGGAGGUGUUCCUAUUAUUGCUCAGCCGACAAGAAGAGAAUUGGACAUCUGGGAUACAGAUGCUGGUUCAAUCUGCUUGACACUUUCACGGAGAGGGAAUAUUAUAGAUCUCUCCAUGGUUCAUGCAUUUUUGGCAGGUCUCUGGGAUACUAUGGCUAUUCCAAACAGUAAUGGGAACGACACUGUCAGCAUAUGGAAUAUUCUAUUUGAUUCUGCAGUGUCUCAAGCUCAGAAAAUUCGGGAAAUCAUUGAAAAGGCAGUGAUGUAGUUCCUGUUUUUUAAAAUAAAUCGUUGCUGUUUGGGUUUUCGUCAUGGACAAAUUUUCUUUUUGUCUAGUGAUAUGUUCCAUACAAAUUGUUAACAUAUUGAGAGGUCUUCGAAUUCGAUAAAUAACCAAAUCCCAUGAUACCAGGAGGGUGAAUUGAAUCACACAAAACUUGAUAUAUACUAGAAAUUGUAAGCCUAAACUGCGUGAAAUUCAGAAAUUCUUACAAAUUUUCUAUCCUUUCUCCUCUUAUGUUUAUUACUUUUAACGUAUUUCGUUAACGUAUUCAGUAAUUGAAGUUUUCUUUUUCAAACAAUCUCUUGUAUCUCAUUUCAAUAAGCAGAAGGUCAUCGUUUAUUUUUGUACAGGCGUAUAAGUUAGUUUGGAAGAAAAAUAAUAAAUACAUUAAUUGUACAGUUUGCAGUUAAGUAUUUCACAGUUGCUGAUGGGGAUACUUUGCUACUGGUGUGAUUUCGGUUUUCUUCACUCUACUUAUCAUUCUUCUGUUGGUAUUUGUGUGUUUCCUAUAAUUAAAUUUAAUCGAAGUUUACUUAUUCAAGUGCGAUGAAUGUUUGUUUUUGAACCUUAACACUUCCAAGGCCACAUCCUAUUACUAUCUUUCGUACAGUGUCUAAUCAAUCCAAUGUAUAUUUCUUCAUCAAGUUUUGUCUGAUGAGCAAGCCUGGUGAGGUAGUAUUUACUUUUUGUAGACGGUGGUUGUUAACUAUCGUACACUUUGAGUUCCUUGUGUUCAUCCAUAUCUUAACUAUUAAUUUUUCGUUAAUUUCCUUGUGAUUAGAGAGCCAUCAGUCAAAUAUUCAUUCCUGAAGGAUCAUUUUUUUAGCAUUUCGAGAAACCUAGAAGAACUUUCUGUUCAUAUCUACUAGGCCUGCACCAUAAAUCAACGAAUAUACACACUUUUUCCACGUUUUGGUGUAAGCUUAACUCAUCUCUAAGCUAAAAUCAUACUUCAGCCAACACUGCUCUUCGAGUAACUUAGCAUACAUAACUUGAGUUUAGCCUCCUCAGUUGAUGGAGUCUAACAAACUGAUCGAUUGCCUUCGUGCUUACCUAAAGCUCUAUGCCUAACCUACUGCUAACAUAUUGAUUCAUCUGAGGUGAACAGCUGAAUG